CGAGAUCAAAUUCCAUUCCUAGAGAACCCAGCAAUGGCGGUGGAGAAGCUUUUGGCCAAGCCCAGCCACCCGUUUCAGCUCAACGAGAAAGUGGAAAUCAAGACCUUCCAGGCCGGAUUCGAAGGCUCCUGGCAAAUCGCCACCGUCGUCGUCCUCUCCGACGACGACCGGUGUUUGCACGUCAGGUACGACAAUGCCCUCUCUCAAAACGACGAGCAGAUCGUGGAGGUCGUCGCCUCCCCUUUCCCAGGCUCCAUCUCCACCCGAUUGAGGCCAAUUCCGCCGCCGGCAAAAUGCGGGGUGCUCGGCUUCACUUACGGCCUCUGCGUCGACGUGUGGAAGGACAGGGCGUGGUGGGAGGCGGUGGUCGCCGAUCGGCUCGACGGGUCGGAUCAAAGAAUCGUCUUCUUGACCGAUUCGUGUGCGGAAAUUAGGACCGGGAUCGAGAAAUUGAGGGUUACUCAGGAUUGGGAUUCCGCCACCGGGGCUUGGAGGCGGCGGGGAACCUGGCCGCUCAUUGAGUGGGUCGGGUUCGGGUUGGACGGCCCGAAUCUGCUGCCCGAUCAAGAAUCCGAGCUCGGGAUCGACAAUGCAGUCGCGGAUUCUCGUCCGACGGGCUGCCUGGUCGAAGAAUCGGAGAACGCAGACGAGGAGAUGGGGAAGACGACGACGCCGCUGCCGCCGCUGCUGCCGCCGCCUUCGAAGGGAAAGCAGAGUUGGCAGCCGGUGGGUUCGGACUUGUUAUCGGGGCCCGAAUUCUGCCCCCAAUUCGUGACGGAGUACGCUUCUCUUGGCUCGAAACGGCCGCCGGAGUCUCUCGUGAUCGGGAUCCGGAAGCAUCUGUUGGCAUUGGGAUGGAGCAUUGAGUACCAGAGCAACGGGAAUAGCUUCAGAUUCCGAUACAUCUCUCCUGACCAAACCCUCAAUUACCUUUCUCUCCGAGUUCUCUGUCAGGAUUUGAGGCAGCCGGUGGUCGAAACUCCCAAGAAGAAACGCGAAACGCCGAGAACACCUGAGACCGUUUCGGUUUCUCAGAAACGGAAUUUGCGGAGUCGGUGUCCUGAACUGGAAGUAAUCGGAGUUUCAUCGUCCUCCUCCGACGACGAAUCGUGUGAAAUGCGAUGGGCUUCGUCUCCAGAUACGGUCCUGAAGCCGUUCGAGACGAGCAAACGGAGGAAGAUCGUAGCAGGAAUUCCGGCUUCGACGAAAUCGAAGGCGAAGAGGAAGCUGAUUGUUGAUAGUAGCUGUGAGGGUGAAUCGCCGCCGCAGAAGAAACAGAGGAAGAAGAGUCCUCCACCGCCGCCAAAGAAACAGAGGAUCAGGCUGGAAGCCGCGGACUGCUCCAAGAGGAAAUCUCACUUCGUGCUUUCGACAUUGAUCGAUGGCAAUGCGGUGGAUCUCGGCGCGGAAGUGAGCUGCAGGAACAACAAGAACGAAGUGAAGACAGGGAUUGUAAAGCGGGAAGGUAUAUGUUGCCAAUGCUGCAACAAGUCCUUCAGCCUGUCAGGUUUCGAGAUUCACGCCGGCAGCAAGAGGCACAGGCCGGCGGCCAGCAUUUUCCUGGAGAACGGCAAGUCAUUGUCGGAAUGUUGUGCCCAAAUCAUGAAGGACAAGAGGACGAGGCGGAGGAAGAAGGAAACGGCGGUGGUGAAGGAGGAUGAUGCCAACGACUUGAUCUGCUCAGUCUGCCGCGAAGUCGGCGAUUUGCUCUGCUGCGAUCGCUGCCCAUCGUCGUUCCACUACAGCUGCGUCGGUUUGGAGGAGCUGCCUGAGGGAGACUGGUACUGCCCGUUUUGCUGCUGCGACAUCUGCGGCCGAAUCGAAGACGAUAAAGACGAUGGUGAAACAGAAAGUACUGCCCCUCUCUUGAGCUGCCACCACUGCCAGCUCAAGUUCCAUGAUCCUUGCCUGAAAAAGAAACGGUCGGCGAAGUUCAGAAGCAAAUCUGUUAAGGGGGAAUGGUUUUGCAGUACUGAGUGUGGUACCGUGGUUUCCAAGCUACAACAGCUCGUAGGAAAACCUGUUCCUCUCGGAAAAGGAAGUGAUCUCACCUGGACGCUACUGAGAUGGACAGAAGACGACUCGGACAGUUCAGAAAAGCUGAACGCUGCCAUAGACAUUCUGCACGAUUGCUUCGAACCGUUCAAGGACGAUUUCUCCGGGACAGACAUAGUUGAGGACCUGAUUUACAGUAGAGGAUCGGACCUCAGGAGGCUCAAUUUCGUGGGAUUCUACACGAUUGUGCUGCAGAAGGGAGAUGAAGUAGCGUGCGCAGGUAACGUCAGGAUCCUGAGAGGGAAGAUGGCCGAAUUGCCACUCGUCGGUACCAGAUCGCAGUACAGGGGCAAAGGGAUGUGUCGAUUGCUGAUGAACGAGCUGGAGAAGCAGCUCAAGAGGUUUGGAGUGGAGAAGCUGGUGUUACCAGCGGCUCAUAGUGUGCUCGACAUGUGGAGGGAUACUUUCGGGUUCUCAGAGCUUACCGCGGAAGAUAGGAGGAAGAUGGCUGGCUGUGGAGGUAGCGGCGGCUGCAGAUUUCUUGAGUUUGAAGGUACUGUGACUUGCCAGAAGCUUCUUCAAUAAGUAGCACCUUUGUGGGUAAAAAUUUUAUUAGACAGAACUCAGAUGUGUA